AUGAUCACCAAUCUCUACAUUAUCACGGCAAUCUCCGUUAUUGGAGGUACGCUUUUUGGUUUUGAUCUGUCGUCUUUGUCGGCGAUCAUCGGAACCAAUCAGUACAAAUGUUAUUUUAACCAAGGACCCCAUGGGCCCCCAUUCGAUAACUCAAUCGACUGUUCUGGUCCAACGUCCAACGUACAAGGUGGAAUUACGGCAUCGAUGCCCGGCGGCUCGUUUGUCGGAUCUCUGUUUUCAGGAAUACUGAGUGAUCGCUUCGGACGAAAGACCUCUAUUCAGAUUGGAUCUGUCAUUUGGUUAAUCGGGAGUGGAAUUUCUUGCGCAGCGCAGAACUACCCAAUGCUAAUCGUUGGCCGUUUUAUCAACGGGCUGUGCGUUGGUAUCUGCUCAGCCCAAGUACCAGUCUACGUCUCCGAACUCGCUCCACCAAGGAAAAGAGGGUUAGUUGUAGGUACACAACAGUGGGCUAUUACAUGGGGUAUUCUUAUUAUGUUCUACAUCUCAUACGGAUGCUCGUUCCUCACCGGACCGGCUGCUUUCCGAGUGCCGUGGGGAAUACAAACAAUGCCGGCGUUUAUUCUAUUUGGUGGCCUCUUCUGGUUGCCCGAGUCUCCGCGGUGGCUGGCACGAAAUGGUCGCUGGGACGAAUGCCAUGAGAUACUGUCCCUCAUUCAUUCUGGCAAACAUGAAAAUGAUGAUUUCAUCAGCUUGGAAAUGCGCCAACUUAGAGAGGCCUGUGAAUACGAGCGCAUCAAUUCCCACGUUUCAUUCCUCGAGCUCAUUCAGCCAAAGAUGCUUUGGAGAGUGCAUAUUGGUAUGUUUGUACAGAUCUGGUCUCAAUUGACGGGAAUCAAUGUCAUCAUGUAUUACAUCACAUUUGUCUUCGGCAUGGCAGGUCUCAGCGGCAAUUCAAACUUGGUGGCAUCGUCCAUAAGCUACGUAAUCAAUGUUAUCAUGACAGUACCGGCUCUAUUCCUCGUUGACCGAAUAGGUCGUCGAGCCAUACUACUCUCUGCUAGUGUUUCUCUCACUAUCUGGUGGUUCAUUUGUGCCGGUCUAAUGGGCGGCUAUGGCUCUCCAGCUCCCCCGGGCGGCAUAAAAAACGUCCCGGAAGAAAGCUGGUCUAUCACAGGACAUCCCGCCAAGGUUGUUAUUGCCUGUUCGUAUCUUGUUGUGGCUUCAUUCGCCCCAAGUUGGGGCCCGAUCAGCUGGGUUUAUCCCCCCGAACUAUUCCCACUCCGACUACGAGGAAAGGCCGUUGCGCUAUCCACCUCCAGCAACUGGAUUUUCAAUUUUGCCCUGAGCUACUAUACGCCACCAGCCUUUGUCAAUAUCAAGUGGAAGACGUACCUGAUCUUUGCUGUGUUUUGUUUCGCCAUGACCGCCCACGUGUUUUUCUGUUUUCCCGAGACUGCCGGGAGGACUUUGGAGGAGGUUGACGAGGCUCUCAAAUCUAAAACGCCGGCAUGGAAAACCAGGGUGGGUAAACGGAGCUUCGACGGUAUCUCAUCGGGUACUGGUGAAAGCCCGAGAGAUUGCAUUGCGGAAAACGCUGAGAUUGGGGUUAAAUGCGAAGACACAUUGCACUUGGAGAAGGUGUGA